ACACAACAAGCAUUCGGAGGUUAUCAGAGUUUUAUAACAAUGGUAUUGAUGUAUUUUAUUAGUGCUGGAUUCUUUCUGCUUAUUGCAGUUGACUUGUCUUUGGCACAGUGGUCAGGAUUUCAACAAGGCCAGGAUCCAACAAGAUUCCAACAACAACAGUCAACAGUUUUAGCUCCUCAGCGAGCUGUCCAAAGUCUACAGACGUCAGCUGCUUUUAGACCUACAAGACCUGUAAUGAGUCCUGCUUGGGUAGAUCCAUGGAAAUUCCAAGAACCUGGAAACACUCAGUCUAAACGGCUAAUGCAGGCUCCUGUGGCACCUUUGACCUGGCAUUUUCCUGUAGUACCAGAAGAACCCCAACAGCCAGAUGUUCCUUUUGAGUUGCAUGUACCCAUCCCUGCACGGAGUAUUGCUGCACAAUGUGGAGAGAGCUCUGUGCAUGUGGAGGUUAAGAAGGACUUCUUUGGUACUGGUCAGCUGGUCAAUCCUUCAUUCCUCAGUUUAGGAGGCUGUGCAGUUGUAGGGGAGGAUCCAGAAGCUCAAGUGCUUAUCUUUGAGUAUGAGCUCCAGACAUGUGGCAGCUCUCUGACGAUGACUGACAAUGAGCUGGUCUAUACGUUUACCCUGCUUUAUACUCCUGAGGCUUUAGUAGGAACUCCCAUUGUAAGAACUGAUGCAGCAGCUGUUGGAAUUGAGUGCCACUAUUCGAGGUUGCACAAUGUAAGCAGCAAUGUUUUGAUUCCCUCUUGGGUUCCGUUUGCUGCUACAAAGGUUGCAGAGGAAGUUCUGGUGUUUUCAUUGAAGCUCAUGACUGAUGACUGGAUGUUUGAGCGGCCAUCCAAUCAGUACUUCCUAGGGCAGUUUCUGAGAGUUGAAGCUUCUGUGAAGCAGUACAACCACGUUCCUUUGCGCUUGUUUGUGGAUGGUUGUGUGGCUACUGCAGUCCCUGAUGUGAACUCUGCUCUAAGAUAUUCCUUUAUUGAGAACCAUGGGUGCCUGGUUGAUGCAGAGCUUACAGGUUCAACUUCUAGUUUUAUGCGCCGGGUUCAGAAUGACAAACUGCACUUUCAGUUGGAGUCUUUCAGAUUCCAGCAAUCAAAUAGUGCUCUGGUCUACAUCACAUGUGCUUUGAAGGCAGUUGUGGCUUCAACCCCCAUAAGUCCAGAGAACAAGGCUUGCUCCUUUGCAAAUGGAUGGCUUUCCGCUGAUGACAAUGACCAGGUGUGCAUGUGCUGUGUUUCCACAUGUGGCUCCAGCUGGAAAGGGCAAGCACUGUCUGAUUCGGGCCUUGUUUCAGAAGGGAAAGCAACCAUUGGCCCCAUUGUAGUGUCUAAUUGAUGUGGAUUGUAAGCAGUGGCCAAUAAAUAUCUGAAAG